AACAAAUCGAUAUUUGUCCCUUAUACUGCGAACUUCAAUGCUUUCUGACAAGUCAACAGAGUUGGCAAUGAUCAUUGGACAUUGGCUCUAAGCUCGUGUGUUCUGUCAAUUGAUUUUGUCGUCUAUUUCGUGUUUACCGCAGUUGCCUCGUCGAAUUUUGCUUGCUGACUUGCGCUUUCCGCUUGCAGUCAUGUCUGCCAAUUCUGGAAGCGGCGGAGUCAGAAACCUUCGGGCUAUGUUCGAGAACAAAGCCAGCGAUCAAUCCACAUCUCCCCCAAGUCGAGGUCGAUCCCCAAACCCUUCGGAAAUCUCCAACGGCAGUAGACCUGUCAGCAAAGUCAGAGCAAGCUUCGUUGCAGUUGAACGACCAGGCGAGAACGGAGGCGCACCCAUACUAGGUCUGCGAAGAGCGAGCGAAGUGAGCAACCGAGAAGAGAACAAAGAGAAUUCGACGACAGCAGCUUUCUCACCAGAAAGACGUGCUGUCCCGAGAAAUAUGUCUUCACUCGAAGGCUCAGGAAAGGAGGAACAGCCACAGAAUGGGUCAACAAAUGGUGGACUGGGAAACAUCUUGAAAGGAUCUGCCUUUGCUGAAAAUACACCCGCAAAAGAUAGAUCGGAGGUGAAGAAUCUGAACAAGGCUCUCGCAUCUGGCCAAGUACAAGAGAAGCUCUCUCAAUCACCUUCGAAACCCAAGGAUGAGGCGAAGGCCGCAGCGAUGGUUGAGAAAAUGCAAACCAACGGAGGUAAACCAGGACCACCUCCUGCUACAACUCUGCAGACCACAAAGUUGGCGCAGCCAGUAAAGGCACCUCCUACAAGGCAGAUUGUUACAAAGACUGGUCCCACCGCAAAAUCAAACCCUUCUCCACGAUCGCCUGUUACCUCGAAAUCAUCUCCCAGAACGCCAACCUCCCCGAUAGCGCAUAUAAGAGGUGGACCUGCCAAGAUCAAAGGUGUUAUGGAGUCAGCUAAACGAGCGCAAGAGGCGAGAGAAGCAGCAAAGCAGAAAUCAGAACAGCCGAAUCAGGCUCAAGCUACAGUCCCAAAAUCGAAUACACCGCAAAAGCAGGCUACCCUUCCCGUCAAGAAAGAUAAAAAGCCUACCUCGCCCAGGGCUGUACGGCCGAAAUCUCCGACAAGGCCUACGAAACUUCCUGCCGCGGCUACAGCGACCACCGCCUCAGCGGCAGCUAAGCAUGAUGCACAGAUUUCACCAACGGAAGCCGAAAGUCGCAAAUCAAUCGCGAAGAGACCUUCCACUAUUUCGAUGAGACCCCCUCGAGCAAGCACAUCAUCCACUACAGGCACGCUAGCCAAGAAGACUUCACGUGCUUCUUUGGCCAAUGACAGACCCAUAUCACGAGUCAGCACAAGCAAACCGGAUGAAGGGUUUCUAGCGAGAAUGAUGAGACCUACAACAAGCAGUGCGCAGAAGGCUCAUGAGAAAGCUCAAAUCAACAGUCCUCCUAGGACGAAGGCUGCAUCGACGAACAAGCACAAAGACGCUCCGAAGCAGAAGGCACCACCACCAAAGAUGCAGCUGGAGACACGCCAGGACGUUGAGAAUAAGAAGGAGGAUGACGGUGACCAGCGCGUCUUACCUGAGGUGGCUUUGGCUUCACCUCUUCAAGUUGUCAAGGAGGAUCCAAUGCAGUCGACCGGCGAACCCCAAUCAGACUCCGCGGCUCGCACUGCAGUGGAAUCAGCUCCGUCCGUGCCUGCCGAACCGAACGAAGCAGCCAGUUCCCUGCCCGCUGCCACGGAAGAAUCUGCGUCUUCUGAACCUGCCAAGUCAGUGGAGGUGAUUCCUUCUGUGCCUUCUGAUGCCCUGGACCCAAUUACUUCUGAGGCUACUGAAGCAUCUGAGCCAGUCAAUGGUCACAAUGCCGAUGUUUAGGAAGCUAUUUUCGUCUUUGGAGAUCUCGGUUCAGAACCCAGUUAUUUUAUGAUCUUACUCCUUAGCGUUCAGCGAUUUGCUUCUGGCACUACCUAUUUAGCGGCCUCUGAAAUUUCAUUCAAUUUCGUCUCCCCUGGUUCUGUUUCCUAUCCUCAAGAAUCCUCAGGAAUGCUCGAACAAGGGCUGUGUCCGAAAAGGGUAAGGCGCCAUUUUGAGGCUUAUUGAUAUACACUUCCGGCGUCAACCCAUCUUAUUCAAG